AUGUAUCCACUCACAGUCAUAAGAAUAGCAAGAGGGCAUGAAGUAAAAAUAGAAAUGAAAAGCGGCAGUGUCUAUACAGGAACACUUCAUAAAUGCGACCUAUGGAUGAAUAUCCACAUGAAAAAUGCAGUAAAAAAUGCAUCAGAAGAAAUAGAAGAGUGCUAUAUUAAAGGUUCAGCAAUAAAGACAGUUCACUGCAAAAAGAAGCAUCUUUCCAUGCAAGAAAUCCUCCAAAAACGAAAAACAAAAUAAACACGUAUAUAAAUUAGACUAACUUAUAAAUAGA